AAUAAACUUUCGAGUAUUUUUAAUCGGAGGCUUUCUUCACUUGAGUGACCGGAUCCUACUUAGUGUCCCGUCUAGACAUUAUAGCUGCGUUCUGACAUGAUGGUCUGCAUUCGUUGACCCUUUAUCACCGUUAUCUUCCGCCCGACCAUGUCAACGGCUAUUCCGCUAAGGCCGGGACGUGCAGUUUGGCGACAUGCCCAAGCUGCGUUCCGGACGCGCCAUCAGACGGCGCGUAGAGUCGCGACGUCUGCCGCGAUAGAAGGGACGCCGAUGCCUCAUCUGGAAGAAAUCUCGCCUGUUUCGACUGUGCAGGAUCCACCAAAACCUUACCGCCGGCGCGAGUUGCUCAAGAACGCCAAGCCGUUCUCGGACUUCUUGACAGACACACAUCAUCGUGAGCAUGACUAUUUACGUAUAUCGCUCACCGAGCGGUGCAACUUGCGGUGUGUCUACUGCAUGCCAGAAGAAGGUGUUCCGCUUUCACCCCAGAGAGAGAUUCUGACUACACCCGAAAUUGUUAUGCUCUCAUCAGUUUUCGUGGCGCAAGGUGUCAACAAGAUCCGGCUUACGGGAGGUGAGCCCACUGUACGGAAAGACAUUUUACCUUUGAUGCAGCAGAUUGGCGCUCUCCGAACUCAUGGUCUUAAAGAGCUCUGCCUUACGACAAAUGGACUGGCUCUUCACAGAAAGCUUGAUGGCAUGGUAGAAGCCGGACUGACUGGAGUCAAUCUGAGCCUUGAUACGCUUGAUCCAUGGCAGUUCCAGAUCAUGACGCGGCGGAAAGGUUUCGAUGCCGUCGUGAAAAGCAUCGACAAGGUUCUGGAGCUCAACCGCCACGGAGCUGGCAUUAAGCUAAAGAUCAACUGUGUCGUCAUGCGUGGAGUCAAUGAUCGAGAGAUCAAUCCAUUCGUGGAGAUGACACGAGAAAAGGACAUUGAGAUCAGGUUUAUUGAGUACAUGCCAUUUGGCGGAAACAAGUGGAAUGAGGGCAAGAUGUUCACCUACAAAGAGAUGGUCAACCAUAUUCGGGAGACGUAUCCGGGACUUGAGAAGGUCCAGGACCACAAGAAUGACACGAGUAAGACUUGGAAGAUACCUGGGUUUAUGGGUCGGAUCGGUUUUAUCACUAGCAUGACGCACAAUUUCUGUGGGACAUGCAAUCGACUGCGCAUCACGAGCGACGGAAAUCUCAAGGUCUGCUUGUUCGGCAAUGCUGAAGUCUCGCUGCGAGACAUCUUGAGGAAGUCUAACAAUGGAGAGCCAAUUGAAGAGGAAGCAUUUGAAGCCAUGAAGAGGGUCGAGAUGGACCGGAGGCAAGGGCUUGUUGAUACGUCCAAACCCCUUGGUUUGGCACCGAACGAACAGGAACUCCUCAAUGUUAUUGGCAUGGCUGUAAAGCGGAAGGCAGAGAAGCACGCCGGUAUUGGCGAGCUUGAAAAUAUGCCAAACAGGCCUAUGAUUUUGAUAGGUCGCCAGAACUCGAUGCCAACGUCACUGUCACAAUACCAACAUAAAUGGAGUCCUUAUACAGCUGCGGCACAGAAUGUGCCUUUCCAUCUCUUUGGCGCGGCACCGCUUCAGGGAUAUCAACUGCGCCCCUUCUCAACUUCUAGAAACCUUCGUUCAGCUCGUGACGACGACGGGAAAUCCAACAACGAGCCCAGAUUAACACACGUGUCUGCCUCCGGAUCGGCACACAUGGUGUCCAUUUCCGACAAACAGCCCACGUCCCGCACUGCCAAAGCUGUCUGCAGUGUGCGAUUCAGCUCCCCUAUUCCCACGACCUUGAUACGUGACAAUGCGCUCAAGAAGGGCGACGUCCUCGGUGUCGCCAGGGUUGCAGGCAUCAUGGCAGCUAAGAGGACACCGGACCUCAUCCCGCUCUGUCAUCCUAUCAUGAUAUCCAAGGUUGCGGUCGAGCUAGCUGUGGUCGACCCUGAGGAUGGCGCGCUGGGUGGAAAGGUCAACAUCGAAGCUACAGUCUCUUGCGAAGGUAAAACGGGCGUGGAAAUGGAAGCUCUCACCGCGGCAUCUACGGCGGCGCUCACGGUCUACGAUAUGUGCAAGGCUGUGGAUAAGGGCAUGGUAGUCGAAGGACUACGGGUUGUGCUCAAAGAAGGUGGAAAGAGCGGGAGGUGGGUUGAGGGUAUGUCGGAAGAAGCUGGGUCUUGAGAGUUGACAGUUCGGAAAGGGAAACAAACGACCGGUACCCAUCU